AGUUUUGACGGCUGUGGGCACGAAACUUUCGAUUUUGCUGAGGAGAGGUUUCGGGGAAGCGAAGUGAUGGAUUGGCAAGGGCAAAAAUUGACGGAGCAGCUGAUGCAGAUCCUGCUCUUGAUCUUCGGUGUCAUCGCAAUUGUUGCGGGAUAUCCAAUGGGAUCUUUUAGGAUGAUGAUGCUGAUCUAUGCAGGUGGUGUGGUUCUCACCACUCUGAUCACCGUCCCUAACUGGCCGUUCUUCAAUCAUCACCCUCUCAAGUGGUUGGACCCGAGUGAGGCUGAGAAGCAUCCCCGACCACAAGUGACCGCGAGUUCGAAGAAGAAAAACUCAAGGAAGUAGGCUUUGCUUUGAUAUCUUGUGUUUCUUCAUCUCAAACUUUAGGUAUAACUAGAUGGGAGUGUUUGUUUUUUUUUUUUUUUGGACAUCACAUUCUCUAGGACAU